CCAAAAAAUGACUAUAAUUUCAAUUAUAAAUUUAAAUAAAAGUAAGUUUAAAUAAAAACAGCAGAGUCUGUCGAAUUAUCAUACACAGCUGACUUCAUGUCAAACUUUCAGAAAUAUCGAUUCAAUGCAUCAUGUCUCAUCUAAAAACUAGCUAUAACAGUUGCGGCAAAUCAAGUCUGUAUAAACAAGUCUGAAUGGCUAACUGGUACCGAUAUUUAACGAAGUUGAUGAAAUUGUACGAAAAUGGCGCGAUUAUUGUACACAAUAUGGGCAUUGAUACUCAAUAGCUUAGGAAUGCCGAUUUUUCAAACGUGUUUCAUGGAUUUGACAGAGGACGAAUAUGGCGAGCCGCUGUUGUCGAGUUCGUUAAUUGCUUCAUUUUUGGUUGCAACGGGUGUCUAUGUUAUUGUCGUCAAUGGCACGAUAUUCCCCGAGUCCUUUCGAAAACCUAAACCCAGUUUUAUGUUCUUGUACGAGUUCCUCGUGACAGCAUUUUUCAUGGAAUUCGUAAUCGACUGUAUAUGGACACCGAUAGACGUACUCGUUAGGAUCACGCUACCGAAAAAUCUUUGCUACGUAAUGUAACUUUUCUGCCGAUCUGUGUCAAUAUUGAUACCAUAAUCUGUCACGAAAAUUUAUGCGCUUGCAAGCAGAAACAUUUUAAUCGAUAUUUCGUAAAGCAUACACAACUGAGCCGCACCGAAGUCUAUACUUAUCAAAAUUUAAUUCGAGCAGAUGCUUAGUCGACUGGGAUGGGAAAACACCGCCGAGACAUUGAGCGCGAUAAAAUCGUCUACGACGCUUCUCACCAACGUAAUAGCCGCGACGUUCGUUUUGACGACUCUUCAUGUAACGAGAGCUGUAAAUUUCAAAGAGCUAACGUGAGUUUGGCUUCCUGAAGACCUGCUGGCUUUCUUUCGACGCUAUGAUGUUCGCUGUUAUCGUUAAUAUUGUAGUCGUGACGUUAUCGGGACAUUAUGCAAUUGCAGAUAACAGAAUAUGGAUUUUACAUUUCGAAAAUAGUUCCAAGUCCAGUAUAUAUUGGCAUUCUUACAUAACAUUGUCGAUGUGCUAUUUUCGGGUACACAUUUAUUUUCAUGAAAUACACGAUUUUCGUAACAUUAAUCAAUAAUCUGAAAUUUAGGGAUGAC